AGGCGGCGCGGCGUCGUGUAAACACAGUGAGUCACUGCCUUUGUCGCAGCGCUGCAGCCCCGCCCCGCUGCCCCGCGCCCCACGCCUCUUCCUCACGCCCUCCCGCCACCAGAGAGUGAAAAGCACCACCGCCACCGCCACUGCUGCCACCAUCAUGAGAGACCAAGUGUACCGGCCCACCACCACCCCAGCUCACCAUGACCACACCAAGAACUGGGUACCAACCAUUCUGGGCCCAACCUCCUCCACCAGCAUGUGGUCCCGCACACUGAUCCUCAUCAUCUCUAUCAUGUUUGCUGUUAUGGGACUGGUUAUGAUCAUUGUGGGAGCCACCUCAUACCAGUCCCUGAAGGCAGGAUCUGUCAAGGAAGUCAACAGCACUGCCUAUGUCAUCAUCUUGUGCCUUGGAGUGCUGAUGGAGGUAGCAGCCAUUCUUGCUGUAAUCUUCUACAUGAGGAAUGUGGGAUACUAUAUUCCGUGCUGCCCCGGCAAGAUUGCCCGUAUCAGAAAGCGUCUUCAUGAAAACCAAAUGAUGGUUAAUGGACAGAUGGUGACGGCAGGGGAGCCGGUAUCCGCCCAGUACUGCCCCCCCACCCAGCCAGGCGUGGGCAACACCCCUCCCCCACCCUAUACCGAUGUCUCUGAGGAGCAGAGACUUAUGGAAGAAAAGACAGACCUUGGAGAGGACACUGAACGAAUCCUGGAGGAGGACCCACGAAUUGUUUUGACACCUCUCAAGCCCCACGAGGAACGCUAGGCCACUCUUACCCUUGCACUGCUCUGCAUCACUUUAAUCUUCAGCUUUGUUGGUGGAAGGAUGCUGCUGCUCUUCCUUCUGCCAGAAAAGUUGACUCUUGUCUUCAGCCAUUACAUUCCUCACCUCGGAGGAGGCUUGGUGUCUCAGUCUGUACCCAGAUAAGUGGAUUUUGGUGUACAUUUCAAGUGCAUGGCUGAGACUUUAUUCACUGGUUUGUUAAUCAUCACUGUAGAAUUAAAAUGGAUGGUGUCGGUAGUGCUUAUUUAUAACCAUGUUGAAAACUUCUACAUAUGUUAACUGAUCGUCUUGCACAGAGAUGGUUAACUUUUAAAAUUCCAAAGGUAAAACAAUUAUGAUUUUGUUUAACUGAGUGUUGAAGUGAACCAUAAUUCAGAUAUUUGUACUGUAUUUGAUAUAUUUACCAGAGUGGGGACAUUGUUAGCUUGGAUUCUGAUACAUGAAUGUUCUUCACAUGGAAAGGAAAUAUUCUUUUACUAAAAUUGGACUGAACAUGCCUUGGCUGUCCAUCAUUGUGAUAGUGCCAUCACUCAGCUAAGCUUAGCAUCAUCCAUGACAGGGGAAUAAUAAUGGUUCAGUGUUGAUCCUCAUGUAAAAUGUGUAGCAAAGAUUCUUUGUACUAAUUUUUGGUGUAAUUGUUCAUCAAGAGAAAAGGAUUACAUGAAUAUUUCUGUGCCGUCACCUGUGAUAAGUGUCAAGUGAGUAUUAUCAUGUACUGUUUUGCUUCUGAAAAAUAUUUUGUACAUGUCAGGUUCUGGUACUGCAGUCACAGCAGCACAGAUACAUAGGGGUCAGAGCUUACCUGGAUUCAUGAAUGCCUUGGCCUCCUGAGUUUUGGUACAAAGAUUCUUCAUAUAAAACAUGUUUUAUUCAGAGGAUUAUAAGAUAUCUGAAAUUCUUCUGCACAAUUGAUUCAGCACUCAUGUUUUCUCUUUAGUGUGACAUAUGGAAUGCAACUCUAAAUUAAAUUAGAUAUAUUUUCAUGCUUUAGUUGCAUUUAAUCACCAAUUUUGACCUAAAAUGAAACUCAUAAGCCUUAUUGUUAUGUUAGGUGAUCCAGAAACCAUGUUUUCUAAGAAUUUAUUAGCUUUUAUCACACAUAUAUCUAUAUAUAGAUGUAAAGGCAAUAUUAAAAUUUGGUGUACAAUAAUUAGAUUUGAUAAAGAAAAGUAUUUUCAUAUUUGAAUUUUGUUGUGUAUAUACUGAUAUUUGUGUAUUUUUAUAAAUAUAUAUAUGAAGCACCUGCAUAUGUUGCAAGGAUUUAGCUUAGUUUUGUUCCUUAAGGGAGUAGAAGGAACACUGCUGUGCAUUCCACUAUUGUGAGAUGUUCCAUUACUUCAGAUAAACUGAUAAACAUUCCACUGUUGUUAGGUGUUGCUUUUAUAGACAAAUUAUUAAGACAAGUAGGAACUUUUUACUUAAGCGCGGAGCGUCAUCGUGGUUCAUGUUGGUUUUACGAUAAGAAGGAAAUUUGUUUUGAUAGUUACACAAAGUACAUUAUUGUGUACCUGAGGCUCUUGAGACAGAUGUGCUUGCAUGCAUUUCUUUCCAUUGUGGUCUACAUGCCUUUUAUUUUGCACCAUGAAUAAUCGAAUAUAUAAAGUAAAAGUCUGUUAGCCUGAUGAGCAGGGGACCAGGAGUCUGUUAGAUCAUCAGUUUCUUCAGAUUAUCAAGAUGUUCCCCUGAAAACACUAUAUUUAACUGGUAGAGUAGUAAGUAAUAAGAAUUGAAGACACGAUUGGUUUGCCUUCAGCGUGCCUGGCCAUGAACCGCUUAUAGACCGCACCAUCAUGUUGUUCCAGCUGAGCUUCUUUCAUGAUUUUCCUAAUGUAGCCACCAAUCAUUGACUGUCAAUCCCUCACAAAUUUCUAUAACUUGAUCUUUGCAGCAAUGAUGUUAGAAAUCGUGGACAAACCACUGUUGAAGUUUAUCACUAUUUCUUCACCCCUCUUGACUCGUUUGAUAGUCUUGAGUUACGUGGUGUACGUACAGUAUGUUAAUUAUGUGAGCAUAGUGUACUUGGUAUGGCAUGUUUUAUGAUACCCACUAUCUGAAGUGUUCAGCCUCAGGCAUGAUUACAUGUCAUUACAUGUUAGUUUUUGUCUGAAAUGAAAUCAAGAUGAUCCAAGAAUCUGUCAGAUGAUGACCACUUCAGGACUGAAAUGCUUUCAGUUGAACGACUGAUAUUAAGAUGUUUUGUUUUGCUCAGGGAGAUGCUCUCCCAUGGAGAUUGUGUUAGGAGGGAGGCUAAUUGUGUCUUGACAGGAUUUCAAGAUGGUGUGUCAGUGUAUAAUUAAAGGAAAGUCUAUUAGGUUUCUCAAAAAAGUUUUACUGUAGUCCUCACCUGUUUGGACAAGAUGAGCACCUUCAUUAGAAAUUCUUCAGGAGCAAUGUUAUGAGAGCUUUGGGUGUAGCCUGGUAGUAGGAAAUGGUAAAUGUUACUGAAGGUAAUGUAAUGGUAAUGCUCUUUGUAUCAUUUUUCUUCUUUAUCUUGGCUACUCGCCAUUGCUUUGAUAUUUUACAGGCUUCAAAAUGAAUUAUAUUUUGGAAAGAUUAUGGGUAAUUUGCUCUUGCAAAUUUGUGUGUGUGUUGACUUUAUUAAUUAAUUUCUUGACGACAAGGAAAAGAUCACCGGUCAAGUUCUCUCUACUUUUUUUGUAAUUUAAAAAGUAAUGAGUAAUGAUUCCUUUCUUAUUGAAAAGUAUGGAGGCAGUAGGAGGAAGUCAGUCUUAACUGUAGAUUUUCACACACAAGUCAUCACCUUCCCAAGUUCAAGCAUUUUGAGGUCUCAUUCAAUAACUAGUCUUUAGGUCAUUCUAAACAUAAUGACUGAGCAGAGUCGAGAAGGUUCACCAGUUUUGUUUUGGUGACAUCAGAGUUAUAGGUGUUAUCAGUAAGGACUAGUAAUAUAGAUAUGAUAAUGUGCUCGCCUUACUGCUUUUGUGUGUGUGUGUGUGUGUGUGUGUGUGUGUGUGUGUGUGUGUGUGUGUGUGUGAAAGCACGUUGCAGUGAAACGUGUCUGCAUGUCCUCACUGUGUAAGAAGGUACGCUUGCAUAUAAAUGAUCAGGAAACUGUAUGAUGCUUUAAUUACCAUUUUCCACUAUCAGUUUGUCAUGUACACUCAGCCUGUCUUGCCAGAUCACAUCCUAUUUGUUUGUUUUGUGCAGCACUGAAGGAUCUGAAGGAAAAAGACAAGUGUGCCUUAUGUGGGUGGCUUCUCAGGAUCUAGGAAGUGUUGCAUGUGUAGUGGGUGCAGAGUGUUGCUGGGGGCUAUUAAACAAAACCUCUCACACACACACACACACACACACACACACACACACACACACACACACAGAAUCAUCAUCAUCAUCAUCAUCAUCAGGCCAAGGAAGGGAUGGCUGGGAAGCAUCACAUCAUCUGUACUGAAGGAAACAGUGAAUGGAAUGACACUGGUAUUUGAUAAUCAGUAAAAAUGUCAUUUUUACCGUCCAGUUUAAUUAAGAAUUAGAGCCACCAGGUAAUGAAAAGAUUCUCCAUGUUGUAAAGUUGUUAUGAGUACAAGACAUUUAUUACAACAAAACCAAAUUAAGUCAUUCUUUUCUUAAUGUAAGGAUACCAAUAACAAUAGUUUAUGGAUUAUUGAUAAAUCAUUGAUCAUACAGCUGUAUAAUUUUAUUGAUUAUAGGUAGUAAGAAUGAGAAAAAUAAUGCCACUACUAAAUGUUUUAUACAUAUUAGAAUUAUAUUUCAAAUUUUCAAAAGUCUUGAAGUGGAUAGAAUUAUUGAUCAGUUUUAUUGAUAAUGUAUUUCAAAUUUUACAUGUACAUGUGUGUUGUGUCCUUUCUGCCAAACAGCCUUGUUGAUGUCUUCAUUCUUGCCAGUUAACAUUACUCUCACCUGAUAUUGUCUUUCAUGUUGCCUAAGGUAUUCUCUGAUCCGUCCUUGUUUCCACAGAAGGUCUCAAAAUUGUUUUCAUUCAUAUAUUUUGUAACAUCUUGCAAGACAAGCUAAACCACCUUGUGACACCCAGAGCUGUUAACAUGUUUUGCUACUUGAGUCAGUCAAGUACUGUUUAUAUAUUGUGGUGAUCAACAUUUUUUGUCAAUGAUCAAGAUCUGGAAGCUUUCACAAGGUAAAGUUUUGUCCUGCACAAUCUCUCAUUGUCAAGAAGCCUUGAAAUUCUGGGUGCUAGUAACAAAGGAAGAGAUGAAAUAUUUAAAUGAAAACCAAUAAGGUAGAGAAUCUGAACCUAAGUUAAUAUUUUCUGCAAUGAAGUAUUGCAAGAAAACACUAUUUCAAUCUUAAAACUAAUCCACUUAUUUUGGUAUUGGAAAAAAUUACAUUGAAUCACAUGAACUGGAAACUAUCAACUAAUAUAGCAAUGUUUAUUAACUAAUGAUAUUUGUUCCACACAGUAGCUAUAGAUAAUAAUGAUUGUAUCUUCCUUUGACAUCAUAUUCCCAAACAUGUCCAUCUAAUCAAUCUCUGUCCUCUGAUCACAUAUACAUCAGUGAACUUUUUAUCCUUGUUUUAUAUAUAUAUAUAUAUAUAUAUAUAUAUAUAUAUAUAUAUAUAUAUAUAUAUAUAUAUAUAUAUAUAUAUAUAAAAUAAAACAAUACCAUGUAAUGAAAGCUAACAGUAAUAUCUUAGUUAGCAUGUCUAGAAUAAGUUAUUAUAACAAUUUGUAUAUGGCACAGAUAAAUUACCAAUUAUUUUAUUGCACUUCCAUAUCAUGUGAAGAUUUUUCAACAAAAUGUAUUUUGAUUCAACAAAAGAUAUGUCAGUCCUCCAGAUUCUAAAAUUGGUUGUUUAUCUGCUAGAUUAAAUGAAAUCAACACAAUUUAACAAAGUUCAUUUAUAUGUUUUGUUAACUGCAGUUGAGAUUUGAUUCUCAUUUACUGCAAUUACUUUUAUAUCCAUGGCAUUUGAAGUUAACAAUUCAUUUCCAGUCUGUGAUUUGCUUGUGCAGUGCCUUCAAAUGCAGACAGGUUAGUUUAUGUUGCAAAAUAUGGAUUAAUUGUGUCAUGUUUGAUUGGACUGAAUAUUGCAAUUCUUCAUCUAUAGGUAUUAUGAUAUUGAAAUUAAAUUAGUCUUUCUACAAGUCUGUUAUACAAAACUAAACUAGAAUAAUUAUGGUGAUUGUGUUAAUGGAUAACAAUAGUCUGGGCAAACUUCUUUCUUGCUGAAAUUUAAAUAUUUUUCUUUGUGAAAUCAUUGAACUGUGCCUUGUACUUCUACUGGUAAUUCCUUGUGUCUGAAGAUAAUUACUGUUACAAACAUUUGUCUUUUAUGCCUGACAGUCAAGUAGAGAGAACUUUUGAUGAAGAAAUCCUGGAAUCCCAUCCCACUUUUACAUUGUUAGUUAGAAAGGUAAUGGUGACACUUGAACACUUGAGAAUUACAUUGUUACAAUCACUAAUAGUAUGCUUCAUGCUUCUCUCUCUCUCUCUCUCUCUCUCUCUCUCUCUCUCUCUCUCUCUCUCUCUCUCUCUCUCUCUCUCUCUCUCUCUCUCUCUCUCUCUCUCUCUCUCUCUCUCUCUCUCUGAAACCAACGAUGACAAAGUACGUAAACCUACAAACUCCAAAGAUAAACAUGUGAUCCUAUGCAUCCAAGUCUGUCCAUCAGAGCAUGAAGGUAUUUUGGCAUUGCAUUGAUUACAUUUCAUAUUGGGAAAAGCAGGUAUGUGAGGAUCCAUUGUGGAUGUAACGUGACACUCCACUCUUGUUAAUCUUUACUUCUAGGUUACAAUCUGGAAAUACUUGUGGAUUUUUAAGAUUGUCAAUUUGCUUCUGAUUAUUACAUUUCUGGCACUGUCAAAGGAAGGCGCAUUAUCUCCAUGUUAUAAAUAAAUGAAUACACCGCA